AUGCAUGACCAGCUGCAGCCCUGCUCACUCGUCGCCAAUCCCGCAACAACAACCAUCAUCCCAGCCACACCAGAGGUAAGGACCAUUGGCGACUCGACCAUGUCUGUCCUCCACCUUGGAGUCCCACCACCGAUAUCUACCCGCAAUCUGACAGGAUCCACAGGCGCAUCGGGUGAUCUACUCAAGGACUUGACCGGCAACUAUGGCAUAUUUUUUGCCUUUCCCGAUCUCAGCGUCAGGACAGACGGCAUGUACACCCUUAAGUUUUCAUUCGUCAUGUUACCCGAGUAG